AUGCAGGUCCCGGUGUUGGUGUCGACCUUCGCCCUCCUGGCACCCUUUGUGUCGGCCAGUUCGAAUCUCGCCUACUGCGCCUCCGAUAACACAGGCUCUUCUUUCUCAUCCGUUACGAGCACCUUCCAGUCCAACGGUGCAUGUCUGACUACCUGUGCCAACUACGCCUUGGGAAUUAUCCAAGGCAAGAAAUGCUGGUGCUCCAAUGUCGCCCCAUCCAAGAGCUCGCAGACCGAUACUUCAGACUGUGAUACGUCAUGCCCGGGCUACCCAGCUGAUAGCUGUGGAAGUGCCUCCAAAGGGGUGUUCGCCUAUGUCUCGGUCUUAGGAAAUUCAGUGACCAGUACAGCGGGCGGCUCGUCGUCAACAAGCAGUACUUCCUCCUCAAGCUCGGAGAGUACAACCGCUAAGCCAUCGCCUGAAACUGUCACUGUGACUGCCUCGGAACCUUCCAAGGCUUCGCAAACUUCUACUACCUCGCAAUCGAGUACCACUACCUCAGGCAGUGUCACAUUCGAAACCAACUCCGGCGGCCAGGUCAAGACUAUCACUGUCUCAGAUCCGACUUCCACUUCUGGCGCUAGUGCUGGUGCUGACUCGGCAUCGGCUGACGCCAGUGCUGCUGGCGAAUCCAAGCUCAGUGGUGGAUCUAUUGCCGGUGUUGUAAUCGGUGUUCUUGGUGGACUCGCCCUGAUCGGGGCUCUCGUCUUCAUGAUCUUCUUCUACCGCAAGCGUGCUCGUUCCGUCAGCCCGAUCCCGAGCCAGGACAUGGCCGACAAUCGCGACAGCAGAGGAUCCAGCUUCGGGUGGCCACAGGGCGCUGAUGCUGCUGCUGGUGGCGCUGUCCCUGGACGGUCAGCAACAUUCACUGACCGACGCAUGAAGCCCAAUGCGGUUCUCUACCCGAACGGUCCCCGCGAUAGCAGUGUCUCGCUGCAAGAUAACGAAGACUACUCACGGCCUGUUCUUCGUCUCACCAACCCCGAUUAA